CUGGAGCAGAGGUAUGCAGAGUUAUUUUUCCCGAAGGAGGAGGAGCUGAGCCAAGGAGAGGAGAGUGGCCAGAGAAGGGGUGCAUCGACUGGCUUCAGGCACGAAUGCUCUCGUAGGAUUUGGCUCCCUGGAGAAGAAAGGAAAAGAAAAACACUUCUUGCAGAAAAGGACACUUGCAGCAGGUCCCUCAGAGGAGACGUUGGACCAUGUUGGCAGCCCGAGAAGCGGCAGCCCUCUAUCAGACCGAUUUUGUGCGCAACGCCAGGGCAGUGGGCGCUCUCUGGGCUGGCUGUAGCCUCUGCUUUGGCAUCUUGGAGGUGGUGGUGCUUAUCCAGCCAGCGUGGGUGCAGACAGCACCCCUCACCUACCAGCUGCCAAUCUCCGGGGCCCUCUCCGAUCCCAGCGUGAGCGCCGUGGGCUCCUUCGGCCUCUACCAAGUCUGCACAGAGCAGGACGGCGUCCUCCAGUGUGAGGGAUCGCUGGUCACCCUAACCCCCAUCCCAUCUUUCAAAGCAGCUGCUGUCUUUGUCCUGAUGGCCCUGGUGCUGGUGAUGGGCAGUGUGGCCUCCCUGGGUCUUUUCUGGGUCUGCAGCGCAGGGACCGUCUACAAGGUGUGCGCCUGGCAGCAGCUUUCAGCAGGUAAGAGAACCCGGGUUGGGUUGUCGUUUUUGAAAAGGCAAGGAAGAAACGUGGAAGGAGGGAAGGAUGGGAGUGGGAUAGGGAAGGAGCCUCCCAAAAGAGAUGCUGCCGAAGCUCAAGUCUUACACAAGCCACGCUCUGGUAAAACGCUGCAGGAGGUCGUUCAGGUUGAAAACGGGACAGAGGGGAACUCACAGCCUGUUUUGACCAACGGGGUGCUGCGAGAGACGUCCAUCCCGUCUCCCCCAUGCUCCAUGUCGCCCCCACCAUCACUGACCCACAGAGGAAAACUACAAUGCUGA